AUGCGCGAAAGCGUGCUCCGGGGCGCGAACAACGCCUCCAUCGACCGCGAAAGACCACCGUCCGACCACCAGAUGGCGACUGCAAGCACGCAAAAUCACCCCUGCGCCGUCUCACCAAGACUUGAUGUCGAGUCGAAGCUUUAUAUGCGCCGCCAUGGCCGCGCCUUGGCUCCUGUUGAUCGUGCAUCGGUGCAACUAUUACUCCCAAUUAACAUGGGUCUCCUGGCAAUCCCCGAGCUGAACACCCGUCUGGGUACUUUUCGUGCCUAUCAUCUGGCAGACAUUGUCUUCAUCUCAUCAUUCCUCUCGGCCUAUGACUCGGGAAUUGCAGGCGGUAUCUUGACCUACAAGUCCUUCCAGAAUGACUUUGGCUUCACCGCAGCGCAAAAGUCGAAGGUCUCGUCGCUCACAGUCGGGCUUGAGCAGCUAGGCUCCUUCGUUGCCGCUAUGUUCUUCUACCCGUUGACCAACAAGUAUGGGCGUAAAGUUUGUAUUGUGGGCUCGACGGCUCUCUUCGUCAUUGGUGUGAUCAUCCAAGUCAUCAAUAUACACCCGUUGGCAGCCUGGUACGUCGGCCGUAUCGUAUCGGGUCUGAGUAUGGGUGGCCAGAGUGUGGUGAUCCCCAUGUAUUCGGCAGAGAUGACCCCCAAGGAUAUUCGCGGUCGAUGUGGUUCGUUUUAUCAGUGGUUGUACGCCUGGGGUGUCUUCCUCGCAUACGGGGUCGACUAUAAUUGUACCGAUGAUUCCUGGAAUUCCAUCAUUUGGAUUCGUGGUGGCGAUGGUCCGAAAACCCGCGAUGAGUUCACUGAAACGCAGCUGGGUCUCCAAGCUGAAAAAUCUGAACGAGAAACCUUCUCUUACCGCGAGUUGCUUGAACCGGCCAACCGUCUUCGUUUCAUUAUCGGUCCUGUCCUUUUCAUUUUCCAGAAUGCCACUGGAAGUAGUGCUUUGGCUGUGUUUGCGCCACAGUAUUUCAAGUUGAUUGCUGGAAGUGAUUCCAACCGCAAUAUGCUGCUCACUGGAUUAUUGGUGCUGUCAAGUGGCUCGGAGCUGAUGGCCAUUUGCAUGCUGAUUACUACACUGAUUGUGGACUACAUCCCAACCCAGUCCUCCACUAAUGUCACUGCUGCUGGAAGGGCAACUGUCACAAUGAUCUAUCUCGAUAUUAUGAUCUACAACUGCGCUAAUACGUUCCUAAUUUUCAUGGGCUUUGAUGUCUUGGCUACUGUCUUUUGUUGGUUCUUCGUCAAGGAAACUCGUGGGAAGAACCUUGAAGUUGCCGCUGGAACUGAGUGGGAAGCAGCUGAGCGCAGCUCAUCUGAUGAUGCGAUUGUGAGAUGGGGUCAUCGUUCAGAGCUGCUGGUGGCGUGA